GAGAAAUUGUUCAAUCUCAACCUCGUUUAAGGUAUAAAUAUUGCUUCUAUUCUUAUUGUAUUAUGUAUAUUGUUUUAUUUUUUGUUUUUGUAAAUUAUUAUUUGAGUUUUUUUUAUUUUAUUAGUAAUAUUAUUGUGUUUUAUGUGUAUAGUGUCGGGAUUUUUUACGGUGGUCGUCGGAUUGCGGUUAUUAGGGGUUCGGCAUAAUUUUGUGUGUAGCGUAUUUGGGCUUGCAAUUAUAGACAUGGCGAACUCAGAAUCAGGAUCUGAUUCGGGAGCAGAAAAUGAGUGUCCAACCACAAUACCUACACGAGGGCCGACGCAAAUGAAUGAAAUAUCCAAACUAAUGGAUCAGGGCAAAAGAGUGGCCCUCGAAGUUAAUGAUAAAGGUCAAUACUGUGGAAAAAGCUACGCGAAGCUCGUAUCCACUCUGGGAGUCAGAUGUCGGCAGACAAUAGGGUUGGCUUAUAAAAAUUGGAAAGAAGUCAACCAGACUCUGAAAAAUAAAGUUUGGAAAGACAUUCAGACGGGGUUCAUUGUGCCGGACACCUUCAAACAUGAUUGUCUCAUCCUAGCUGGGAAGUUAAUGAAAGACUUCAAGAAUAGGAUGACAAAAGACAUCAUAAUGCCCGCGUUGAAAGAGAAUGAUGCGGGACGGCGGCACAAGUCACGAAAAGCACCCGGAGAUCGACGCUGCUGA